GUGCAUCACUCUCCUCUGCACAUUAGGCUGGUGUGAGAUAAAGUGAACAAGGCAGUCGGACCAGACCUGUCACCAUGCAGAGGGUAGCUGUGUUGAUCCUUGUCGCCUGCUGUGCUUUCACAGCACUGUCAUUGGCUGAAGAAACAAAUAAAUCCAAACCAGCUGCUUCUAUGAGUUCAGCAAAGGCAUUUGGCGCUACCACCUAUCCUACAACAAUCCACCUGAAGCCCACGACUAAAUCCACGACUCCUAAACCUACAACUCCUAAACCCACGACUCCUAAACCCACAACUCCUAAACCCACAACUCCUAAACACACAACUCCUAAACCCACUACUCCUAAACACACAACUCCUAAACACACAACUCCUAAACCCACAACUCCUAAACACACAACUCCUAAACACACAACUCCUAAACCCACAACUCCUAAACACACAACUCCUAAACACACAACUCCUAAACACACAACUAAUUCCACGACACAUACACCCACGACUCCUAAAACUACAACAGCAGCACCUAAGCCUACUCCAGCUACCAAUGUGACUGUGGGAAACUACACUCUGAAGACAGGAAAAGGAGAGACUUGUCUAAUGGCUCAGAUGGCGCUACAGAUCAGACUGACAACACCCAAGGCUAAUGGGCGCUUCAUUGUCCAACCACAGAAAACUAAGACAAGUGGUACAUGCCUGGAAAACAAAGUCAAUCUGAACAUUUCCUUUGAAGAAGGCUUUAUUACCUUCUCCUUCAACAAGAGUGUUGAAAACAACACAGUCUAUGUUAAUGCUGUAUCUUUCCAACUGUACUACCCAUUAACUCAGACAGGAUCUCAAAUGUACAAGGUCACCAACGGGUCGGUGCAUCUGUUUGCUGCAAAGAUUGGACACUCCUACUCCUGCAGGAACGAAUCUGUCAACAUGGGACAGGGACUGUUCUUAGAUAUCAGUAAGGACAGAAUGCAAGCCUUCAAUAUCACCAAGGAUACCUUUGGAUAUUCUGACCCCUGUCCAGCAGACCAGCCUGAUUACCGUGUCGCCAUUGCAGUGGGAGUGACUCUGCUGGUACUCAUUGUCAUUGUUGUGAUUGUGUACCUGCUGAGCCGGAGAAAAAGGACAGCUGGCUACCAGUCACUCUGAGGCGGGAUCGUCCAUGGUUCUAAAAGGAGUGACCCUCUGUACCCGGGUGCCUGUGAUCUUGAGUAAAAACGCACUUCCCCUGAGGCACCUGCUGCCACCUUUUACUCACCCUAUUUGUUGCAUGCAUUGCUAUUAAUAAUUGUUUGAGUCAGGCGCCUAUAUUACAACUUUAAACAUAGUUAAAAAAAUUUACUCACAAGUUUGACCCCAAACUUCAUCAAAAUGAUACAAUAAACACCAAUUUCUGGAACACUAAAUUCUCUUUAAACUGACACUUUCACAAAUCAGCUGACUAAGAUGUCCUAAUGAAAAUCUCUCAUCAUCGUUGCACGCUUAUGUUAAGAAAAAGACAUCAUAAUUAGUUCACUAGCACAUUUCUCUCCGCGUCCCUAGCAUUAUACUGCCACGGUUUAGUGAGAAAAUUACAGUUAAGAUUUUAACUGUUAUUCUUUGAAAUUUACAAACCGACUUGAUCAAAAUUAUUGAUAGAUUUAACUGUCUCCUAAAUUCCUUGAUUUUUUAAAAAAAGUCUUUUCCUAUUUGUAAUCAACUGGUAUUCAGGAGAUUUGUAGGGUAUAUAUCACAUGUGUGAAAAAUAAUUAACACAAGGGACAACUGAAAGGGAUUAUUUUAUUAUUAAUUGCACUGAUUGCUAUUUAAUUGUCUUCCUUGGACUACAUGUUCUACUUUCAGUUAAAAUCAGUGGCUAAUCUUAGAGCAUACACUGCUGGAUUAUCUUAUAUGUUUCUUUUAAAAUCAAAAUAUAUAAAAAUUAAGGAAUGUGUACUUCUGGGGAUGUCCCGAAGUUAGUGAUUGAGACCAAACUCAGAUAUUACAUGUUGUAAUAUCAUCAUGAUUCCAGGCGUUCUAACGGUUCUGAUUCCAGUACUUGCUGCACAAAGAUCCAACAGUUUUCAACAACUUUUAUUUGAGAACACAAAAAUUUAUGUCCUGGAACAUCCCCAUGCUGAGCUUAGAAAUUCUUUCUCGGUAACGUCGGCUGCUGUUACACCUGCAUCAAAGCAGGUGCAAGUGUGGGACAGUUGAACAAAGCCUGAGCCAGUUUGGAUCUAAUCAAACACUUUAAUGCAGUCAGGAAUGUAACCCAGUUAUACAAAACAUGAUUUUGUACAAAGCCAGUUUUAGAUUAAUCUUUUUUUUUUUUCCUUUUUUGUAUUUCCUAAGUGUGGUUCACUGGUUUAACGGUGCAGUUAUUAAGAUUUUAUAAACGCAAUUUAAUUAACUGGACUUAAUGUGCAUAUAUAUGGCUCACAUUCAUUUUUAUAUCAAGAGCAAAAGUUUCAUACAUAUAGGAUUUUCCUUAGGUUGUGUGUUCACUCCAAAAUGGAAUUUAAAACUUGACUUGCUUUAGUUUUUAGAUAAAGAUACAGUUAAGUUGUGCUCUAGAGAUAGAUGUUUUUCCCACAGAGACACUGUGGUUUGCACUAAAUUAAUGAUUGCAACAAGAAAGAUUACACAGUAGAAAAUCCAUUCCUAAGGAGUGAAGUGGCAUGCUAUCAUCAUCAACUGAUGUAUCAGUGGGCUUUCUGCUUUUAUUAGAUCAAACGAAGAAAAUUCUAUAUGCAAUUACAAAAAAACAACAACAACUACCAACAGUCUAAAGGGAAUGUAUUGCAAGGGAUGUUCAGUUGUCAUUUAAAAAGGGAAAACCAAACAAACAAAAAAAAGAGAACUGAAUAAGAGAUAUUCGAAAUUGCUGGUGAAACGUUUCCUACCUUAAUCCAGAUGAAUUAGGGUACUCUGGUGGGAUACAGAACAGCAUCUUCUAUUGAACACAGAAAUUGCUUAAGUGGAUCUCCUAAAAUGUCUGAUGAGGCGAAACCAUGCUGCAUUAUCAGAUACACUGAGGGAAUUGUAAUUGUUUUAAAUAGAAUACAAACCUUGCAACUGUGGUGGGGAAUUUUAAAGUAUUAUACAGUGAAUAUGUUCUCGUAAAAUUCUUGAUGUUACACUGUUCAUGCCUCCAGGUCCUGAGGUUGUUGCACUGCUGUGCAUUUAUGUGUAUGGAUGCCCACCAGAUUUACAGUGUGAUGUAAAAUAUGGCAGUACACAAAAGAGGGACAUAUUUUUAUUGAUCAUUUAUUUGCUGCAUAUGAACUGUUUUGUCAGUUGCUGUCUUCCCUUGCUAAUAAAAAUCUAUUUCCAA